GUUAUCAAAUCAGCUUCACGACGGCCGGAACAAUGCUUAAAGUUGUUGGUGCAUCAUGGCAGAAAACACGGAUAGGGACUUACAUACUCAUCGGAGCUGGUUUACUGGUAAUUGGUGCCUUCUUCAUUGGCUACAUGGAUCGACCCGAGUAUGAUGGAACCUACUGUGCAACGGCAUUCUGGACAAAGCAAGUUGGCUUUCAAAUUGAGAACUGGAAGCAGCAGAAUGAUUUGGUCAACAUACCCAAGGGUGUGGCGAGGAUAUGCUACAAGGAUUCGGUCUAUGAGAAUGGUUGGGCACAAAUUGAGGUGGAGACGCAGCGAACGUAUCCGGAUUGGGUGCAGGCCUAUGCGGCGGGCAUACUGGAGGGUUCACUCACCUGGAAGAACAUCUACAAUCAGUGGGCCAAUACAAUUUCCUCAUCCUGUGAGCGAGAUGAGAGCACACAAAAGUUCUGCGAGUGGCUAAGGGUUCUGUUGACGACAAACUUUGAGCAUCUGAAGAAGCAGGCGGCCAUCCGGGCCGAUCACGAUCACUACUGGCAUCAGUUGCAUUUGUUUUUCAAUCAGUUGGAGGGCCUGGAGACGGGCUACAUUCGAGGCGCCACGCGUGCACGUUCCGAUCUGGAGGAGGAGAUUCCACUCUCCGAUUUCCUGCUGAUGAAUGCCGCCGCUGACAUACAAGACCUGAAGAUCUACUACGAGAACUUUGUGCUGCCCAAUAGCACGGUGCUGGAGGAGGAGGCCAGUGAUCAGCCCAAGAACUUCUUUCUGCCCAGCGCAUCGAUGCUGACGAGGAUCAUCCAGCAGGAGCAAAACCCACAGACGCUGCAGCUGCUUUUUGGCCACAGCACGGCGGGCAGCUACUCCUCGAUGCUGCGGAUACAGAAGCGCUACAAAUUCCACUACCAUUUCUCGCCCAAUCAGCGGAGCAACACUGUGCCCGGUGCGGACAUCACCUUCACAGGGUAUCCCGGCAUACUCGGCUCCACCGAUGACUUCUAUGUGAUCAAGGGCAGGCAGGUGCAGGCCAUUGUCGGUGGCGUGGGCAUCAAGAAUGAGAAUCUGCAGCUGUGGAAGUCGGUGGACACCAAGGAUGUGGUGCCGCUGGUGGCGCGUGUAAUGGCUGCCAAUCGCAUUGCGCAGAACAGACGCACUUGGGCCAGGGCCAUGGCCAGGCAUCCCGCAACAGGAGCCAAGCAAUGGAUCACCGUCGAUCUGAACAAAUUGGGCGUGCAGGAUAAUCUGUACAAUGUCCUCGACACUGAUGACAAGCACGAUGAUGCUCCUGUGCCGCUCAAUGACAAGGAUAAGGCGGCGAUACAGUCGCGUCACGAUCAGCUGAAAGACAUGGUCUGGAUUGCCGAACAGUUGCCGGGCCGCAUGCCCAGUCGGGAUGUUACUCAGAGUUUCCUUGUCGUUGGCAACACCUCGUGGCUGGCCAAUGGUGUGCCCUACCUCAAGGAGACCCUGGAGGCCAGCGGCGUCAACUACAGCGACGAUCAGCAGCUGUCUGCCGCCGAUGAGGCGGAACUGACGAACCUCGAAUCGGUGGACAAGUAUCUGCGCGCUCACGGCUUCCGUGGCGAUCUGCUGGGCGGUGAGGAGUCCAUUGCCUAUGGCAACAUCGACCUCAAGUUGUUCUCCUACAAUGCGCGACUGGGCAUGAGCGAUUAUCAUGCGUUUGCGGGUCCCAUAUUCCUGCGACUGCAGCAUGUACAGCCGCGUGCGCUGGAUGAGGACAGCCAGGAGGAUCAGCAGCUGCAACAGCAGGAUCAGGGUGUGCCCUCCUCCAUUGGCGACGAGCGUCUCAGUGUGACCAUCGAUGAUGCAGCCAGUCUGGCCGAAAUGGAACUCAUCACGGAGCGGCGACCGGUGCGCAAUGAUAUGCGAGCCAUUGCCAUGCGGCGAACAGGCAGUGGACCCUUCAAGUGGUCCGACAUGAAUCCCAUUGAGGACGGUGGCCACGAGGGCCAGCCCGAUGAGUGGAACUUUGACAAGGUGUCCCCCAAGUGGGCGUGGUAAGCGCUUUUCCAAAUACAAUCUAUGGAGAAUUUUGCGCCACCCAAAACCAAACCCAAUCCCCACAGUAGAAUUGAAUCGAAUUUCCCAAAGUCUCAAAACCCACACCCCCAUUUCCCCCUCCAUUCUUCCAAACCAA